AUGGUUGUUAUCUCAUGUGUGGCAGAUCAAUACUUCUUCCGCGUAGAGGGCAAAAGUAGUGAAAUUUCUCCGUUUCUUCAGAGGCAGUUUUGGUCGAAUGUGACACUCGGUGUACUCGGAGCAAUCAAAGGAAAAGUUAUAAUCAAAGGAAAAGUUAUAUCGAAAAUUGUCGGAGAGAAAAGUAGAUCUGUCUACAGGAAGAAAAGAAAGAGAAGUUUUUCUGGAAGGCGAAAACAGAAACAAGAGUCUGAAGAAACAGCUCCCGAUGUUGACGAAAUCGCCGCCUCAACUCCGAGCACUUCGCUGGAUGAAAAUCAGCUCUCCGACUCGGACUCUAAAGAAACCGUUGGUUCCUCCAGAAAGAAAAUGAAAUAUGCCGCUUCUUUUAGACAGAAGAUAAAAGUGCAAGAGUGGGGGUUACAGUUUUCCCUUCAGUGUAGUUCCUGUGAGGAAUCCAGUCCACUUCCACCAUCCAGUGGUGUGACCCAGUUAGGGAAAUCAUAUGACAUUAACCGCCGAGUCUUUUAGCAGGCUAAAAAUCAUGGAGAGGCUUUGUAUCCCUGGUGGUGUUUGUACAAGAGUGGCAACACAUGCAAAAGACAGUAAAAGAUUGGCUAAGUCCAAUUUGCAGGUUAUGCAGAAGGAAAAGAGAUGGCGUCAAGGGAAGCGACUUCUGAGGACUCAUCGAGAGGAAGCCCUUCAAGAAGCUGAAGGAGUUACUUAUGAACCAGGAGGCUUUUAAAUUACUUUUAGAUACUCCUGUGGACAAAAUAUGGACACUUGGGCCACUAUAGUGGUUACAUAUUGUAAAAAAUUAAGUUUGAUUGCUAUCUGUAAGUUUAAAGGCUAUUUUCUCAUUACGCAAAAUUUUGUCUUCAAGAAAAGAUAUCUUGACAACAAUUUAUCCAAUUGAUCUGAAAUUUUCAGCAUUUGUUCCUUUUGAUAAGUUUUGUGUUAUAAACAGAGCAAUUUUCCAUAUGAUGUAUGUACUUAAAGUUAUGAAGUGAAACACCCCUCUGA